CUCGCCGCGCUCCGCUCCUGCCCGCAGCCGCCCGGGUUCACAGAGGCUCUGAGGCGGCCCUGCGGGGGUGGCCGCAGCCUCAGCCCUGCCCCUCCCUCCCUUCCUCCUUCCCUCCCUCCCUGCAGCCCCACCACCUACGAGUUCGGAUUCUCCACCCGAGUCGUCUUGAUUUCCCUUUGCUUCUCUUUUGGAAACCAGAGAGGUGGAGGGAGGCAACGAGGCUGCAAAGGAGAGGCCCUCCGAGUCGGUCCGCCUGCAAAGUGUUGCUUUGACACGUCCUUAUUAUGGAAGUUAAGUAAAAAAACUCUGGACGUGGAGCUGCUACCGAGAAAGAGACCGGCGGAAAGACAACCAGUAGGCAGGCCAAUGGUUUUUCGGCAGCGCGCUGGCGAGUUUGUGGAACACUUUCUAGGAAUUAGGUCUUCUUUCUCGACCCCUUCAUCUUCCUGACUUCUGAAGAAAGAACUUGGCUUUGGAUUGCAAUGGAGCCUGAGGAGAGAGGGUUAGACACACUUGAAUAAUCCCUCCGGCUGGGCUGAAUUUGUGGGAAUUUAGGAAGCCAGAGUGUGGAAAUACAGCAGUCUUUGGAGUGCCCUCUGAUAAUUUGGAUGGAUCUAAAUGUGCCCCAUUCAAGACCUGUCUAACCCCUUCUGAUCUGCUCUUCUGAUUUGCUCUUCUUGACUUUAAUUAGCAUCUAGGAAAGUCUAAACUUUGGACCUACCUCUUUUUUUGAUACUUAUUUUUGUACUUUUGCUCUCUGGGAUUGGUUUCUUAAACAAUCUGGAUCCUUUUUAAUAUGUCAAAAUGAGUCGGCUGAUGUUUACACAACUACUGCUCUGUGGAUUUUUAUAUGUUCGGGUUGAGGGAUCUCGUCUUCGCCAGGAAGACUUUCCCCCACGGAUUGUGGAGCACCCUUCCGAUGUCAUUGUCUCUAAGGGAGAGCCCACCACUUUGAACUGUAAGGCAGAGGGCCGGCCAACGCCCACCAUUGAGUGGUACAAGGAUGGUGAGCGGGUGGAGACCGACAAGGACGAUCCCCGGUCCCACAGGAUGCUGCUGCCCAGCGGAUCCUUAUUCUUCCUGCGCAUUGUGCACGGGCGCAGAAGUAAACCCGAUGAAGGAAGCUACGUUUGUGUUGCAAGGAACUAUCUUGGCGAAGCAGUGAGUCGAAAUGCAUCUCUGGAAGUGGCAUUGUUACGAGAUGACUUCCGGCAAAACCCCACGGAUGUUGUAGUGGCAGCAGGAGAACCUGCGAUCCUAGAAUGCCAGCCUCCCCGGGGACACCCAGAACCCACCAUCUACUGGAAAAAAGACAAAGUUCGAAUUGAUGACAAGGAAGAAAGAAUAAGUAUUCGUGGUGGAAAACUGAUGAUCUCCAAUACCAGGAAAAGUGAUGCAGGGAUGUAUACAUGUGUUGGCACCAAUAUGGUGGGAGAAAGAGACAGUGAUCCAGCAGAGCUGACUGUCUUUGAACGACCCACAUUUCUCAGGAGGCCAAUUAACCAGGUGGUGCUGGAGGAAGAAGCUGUAGAAUUUCGUUGUCAGGUCCAGGGAGAUCCUCAACCAACUGUGCGGUGGAAAAAAGAUGAUGCAGACUUGCCCAGAGGAAGGUAUGACAUCAAAGAUGAUUACACACUGAGAAUUAAAAAGGCCAUGAGUACAGAUGAAGGCACCUAUAUGUGUAUUGCCGAGAAUCGGGUCGGGAAAGUGGAAGCCUCUGCUACCCUCACAGUCCGAGCUCGCCCUGUUGCUCCUCCACAGUUUGUGGUUAGGCCAAGAGAUCAGAUUGUUGCUCAAGGUCGAACAGUGACAUUUCCCUGUGAAACUAAAGGGAACCCACAGCCAGCUGUUUUUUGGCAAAAAGAAGGCAGCCAGAACCUGCUUUUCCCAAACCAACCCCAGCAGCCCAACAGUAGAUGUUCUGUAUCACCAACUGGAGACCUCACGAUUACCAACAUUCAGCGUUCAGACGCGGGUUACUACAUCUGUCAGGCCCUAACUGUGGCAGGAAGCAUUUUAGCAAAAGCCCAACUGGAAGUUACGGAUGUUUUGACAGAUAGACCUCCACCCAUAAUCCUACAAGGCCCAGUGAACCAAACACUGGCAGUAGAUGGUACAGCAUUACUGAAAUGUAAAGCUACUGGUGAUCCUCUUCCUGUAAUUAGCUGGUUAAAGGAGGGAUUUACUUUUCUGGGUAGAGAUCCAAGAGCAACUAUGCAAGAACAAGGAACAUUGCAGAUUAAGAAUUUACGGAUUUCUGAUACUGGCACUUAUACUUGUGUAGCUACAAGUUCAAGUGGGGAGACUUCCUGGAGUGCUGUGCUGGGUGUGACAGAAUCUGGAGCAACAAUCAGUAAAAAUUAUGAUUUAAGUGACCUGCCAGGGCCACCAUCCAAACCGCAGGUCACUGAUGUUACUAAGAACAGUGUCACCUUGUCCUGGCAACCAGGUACCCCUGGAACCCUUCCAGCAAGUGCAUAUAUCAUUGAGGCUUUCAGCCAAUCGGUGAGCAAUAGCUGGCAGACAGUGGCAAACCAUGUAAAGACCACCCUCUACACAGUGAGAGGACUGCGGCCCAAUACAAUCUAUUUAUUCAUGGUCAGAACAAUCAACCCCCAAGGUCUCAGUGACCCAAGUCCAAUGUCAGAUCCUGUGCGCACACAAGAUAUCAGCCCACCAGCACAAGGAGUGGACCAUCGACAAGUACAGAAAGAACUAGGUGACGUCAUUGUCCGUCUUCACACCCCAGUUGUGAUGAGCCCCACCACUGUUCAAGUUACGUGGACUGUUGAUCGCCAGCCCCAGUUUAUUCAAGGCUACCGAGUGAUGUAUCGUCAGACCUCAGGCUUGCAGGCUACUGCACCAUGGCAGAACUUAGAUGCCAAAGUCCCGACUGAGCGAAGUGCUGUCUUAGUCAGUCUGAGAAAGGGGGUGACUUAUGAAAUUAAAGUUCGCCCGUAUUUUAACGAGUUCCAAGGAAUGGACAGUGAAUCUAAAACAAUUCGUACUACUGAAGAAGCCCCAAGUGCCCCUCCACAAUCUGUCACUGUGCUGACAGUCGGAAGUCACAAUAGCACAAGUAUUAGUGUUUCCUGGGAUCCUCCUCCUCCAGAUGAUCAGAACGGAAUUAUCCAAGAAUACAAGAUCUGGUGUCUGGGAAAUGAAACACGGUUCCACAUCAACAAAACUGUGGAUGCAGCCAUUCGAUCUGUAAUCAUUGGUGGGUUGUUCCCAGGUAUUCAGUACCGGGUAGAGGUUGCAGCUAGUACCAGUGCAGGAGUUGGAGUAAAAAGUGAGCCGCAGCCAAUAAUAAUUGGGGGACGUAAUGAAGUUGUCAUUACUGAAAACAAUAACAGCAUAACUGAGCAAAUCACUGAUGUUGUGAAGCAACCAGCCUUUAUAGCGGGGAUUGGUGGUGCCUGCUGGGUAAUUUUGAUGGGUUUUAGCAUCUGGUUGUAUUGGCGAAGAAAGAAGAGAAAGGGACUCAGUAAUUAUGCUGUUACAUUUCAAAGAGGAGAUGGAGGACUAAUGAGCAAUGGAAGCCGUCCAGGUCUUCUAAAUGCUGGUGAUCCCAAUUAUCCAUGGCUUGCUGAUUCAUGGCCAGCCACGAGCUUGCCAGUAAACAAUAGCAAUAGCGGCCCAAAUGAGAUUGGGAAUUUUGGGCGUGGAGAUGUCCUGCCACCGGUUCCAGGCCAAGGGGAUAAAACAGCAACGAUGCUCUCAGAUGGAGCCAUUUAUAGCAGCAUUGACUUCACGACCAAAACCACUUACAACAGUUCCAGCCAAAUAACACAGGCUACCCCAUAUGCCACAACACAGAUCUUGCAUUCCAAUAGCAUACAUGAAUUGGCUGUCGAUCUGCCUGAUCCACAAUGGAAAAGCUCAAUUCAGCAAAAAACAGAUCUGAUGGGAUUUGGUUAUUCUCUACCUGAUCAGAACAAAGGUAACAAUGGUGGGAAAGGUGGAAAAAAGAAGAAAAAUAAAAACUCUUCUAAACCACAGAAAAACAAUGGAUCGACCUGGGCCAAUGUUCCACUACCUCCUCCCCCAGUCCAGCCCCUUCCUGGCACAGAGCUGGAACACUAUGCAGUGGAACAGCAAGAAAAUGGCUAUGACAGUGAUAGCUGGUGUCCGCCAUUACCGGUACAAACAUACUUACACCAGGGUAUGGAAGAUGAAUUGGAAGAAGACGAUGAUCGCGUCCCAACGCCUCCUGUCCGAGGCGUGGCUUCUUCUCCUGCGAUUUCCUUUGGACAGCAGUCCACUGCAACUCUUACCCCAUCCCCCCGGGAAGAGAUGCAACCUAUGUUGCAAGCUCACCUGGACGAGUUGACGAGGGCUUAUCAGUUCGAUAUAGCAAAGCAAACAUGGCACAUUCAAAGCAAUAAUCAACCUCCACAGCCCCCGGUCCCACCAUUAGGUUACAUGGCCGGCACCUUGAUUUCUGAUUUGGAAACAGAUGUUCCAGAUGAUGAUGCUGAUGAUGAGGAGGAAGCUUUAGAAAUCCCCAGGCCCCUGAGAGCACUAGAGCAGACACCCGGAUCCAGUAUGGACAAUCUGAACAGCUCUGUGACAGGUUCAAUGGUAAAUGGAUGGGGCUCUGCAUCUGAUGAGGAUCGUAACUUUUCUAGUCAUAGAUCUAGUGUAGGUAGCUCCUCAGAUGGCUCCAUCUUUGCCAGCGGCAGUUUUGCACAAGCACUGGUGGCAGCAGCAGAUAAAGCUGGUUUUAGGCUGGAUGGAACCAGCCUUACAAGAACAGGCAAAGCCUUUACCUCCUCUCAAAGACCUCGACCAACCAGCCCAUUUUCUACUGACAGUAGCACCAGUGCAGCCCUGAAUCAAAGUCAGAGGCCUCGGCCCACUAAAAAACAAAAUGGAAGGCGAAUGGAGCAACAGCCAGCAUUGCCUCACCGGAGGGAAGGAAUGACAGAUGAUCUUCCACCACCACCAGACCCCCCUCCAGGUCAGGGUUUAAGGCAGCAAAUAGGCCUGAGCCAGCAUGCUGGUAACGUGGAAAACUCAACAGAGAGAAAAGGAAGCUCUCUGGAGAGACAACAAACAUCCAACUUAGAAGACACAAAGAGCUCAUUGGAUUGUCCAGCUAGAACGUCCCUAGAGUGGCAGCGACAAACCCAGGAAUGGAUAAACUCCACAGAACGCCAAGAAGAUAUACGGAAAGCCCUACACAAACAAGGUGUCGGACCAGAGGAGACCUUGGUGCCCUAUAGCAAGCCCAGUUUCCCAUCACCAGGAGGUCACAGCUCAUCAGGAACAGCUUCUUCUAAAGGAUCCACUGGACCUAGGAAAGCCGAGGCGUUGAGGGGAAGCCACCAGCGCAAUGCCAGCGACCUUCUUGACAUAGGAUAUAUGGGCUCAAAUAGUCAAGGACAGAUUCCAGGUGAUUUAUAGUAACUGAGAGGAGACAUGCAAAGCUGCUCUGAAGGACCAUCAGGUCUGAACUCAUGGAAGUGAUGACACUAAACAGUGCAAUGAACAAUUUCUUUAUUUAUGUACUAUUAAAAGAACUGUAAAUGCAAUGUAAAGACACACAGCCACACAUAUCCCACAGAUGUUUUACUUGUGUUCUUCUCUUAAGUACACCACCCACCUUAACUCUUUCUUGUCAGGAGUAUAUAAAAAAGAAAGAAAACAAAACUUGCCCUCCAGGAAGAAAAGGAUUUUCCUCUGUAUAUAACUUCUUUUGUGCAUUGCUAUGCAAGCUCACUCUUUUUAGCUCUGUUCAUAUUAUUGUCUGUUCUUAUUGGUCUGUUGUACUAUAUGUGAAUUAAUAGGCUGUGGUGCCAUAUAUUAACUUUUAAUUGUGUAACUUUUAUGUUUAAAUUUUGCACUGCAAUUUUAUUUGGUGAUAAGCACAAAUCUCUACUCCUCGUGACAUGAAGAAAAAGACUGAAUGUGAAGGGAGUUUCUGUACUGUAAACUAGGUUGGAUAAUGCCGAUUGUAACCGAUCACAUCCGAUGGUUUUCAGUUGGGGUGUUGAAAUAGGGAGAUGCAAAGGAACAGUGGCGUUGGCGAAGUCUUCUUUGAACAUCAGGGACUGAGUCAAUAAAAAAAAAGCAGAAAGGUGGCUUUUAGUAUCGACAAAAGCAGGGGUCAAAAGAAGGAAGUUCAAGUCUUAAGACUGAAUAGGCAUUAAAAAAAUACAGGUAGCAAAGAUGUACUACACUUGCUAAAAAAAAAAAAAAGAAACUAAAAUUAUGUUUAGAAUCAGCUUUACCUGUCAUUGUAAAUGACCCCUCUGAGAAUUAAAACAAGCAAAAAGAAAUUAAGGUGUUUCACAAGAGCUGUAUUUAUAUUACAGUUUUUUAAAAAAAGCAUUUUCUGAAUUACCAUAAUUAAUCUCUCCAACUCAUUAAGUCAGAAUAUAAUAUGAAGUUCCCCAAGGAAACAAACAAAAUGAACUCUAGCAUAUCUAGCAAAUAGUGAAAGAGGCAAUUUAUUAUUAGGACAUACUCGGGCUGCUUCCAAAUACGAAAACUCUAUUGCAAUAUCUUGUUUCAUCUUUCUAAGACAUGUACAGUACACACUAGAGGAUAGAGCUGCAUCACUGAAAUUCAUGACUUUUUGAAAAUAAUGCAAUUUUCUCUAUACAAUUCUGUGUUCUAUUUGAUUGAGAAGCGCAGUUUAUGCCACCAAAUGUAUAGCCAAAUUGUAAGUGCUU